GCUUUCCCGCCCCUUCCUCCGCCUGUGGCAAAGUGUCGUGGUGCGGCGCUUUACGACCGGAGCCUGCGCUCGGCGCCGCGCCGCGGCCCUGCGCGGAGCCGUGCCCCGCCGGGCGGUGUGCGGGCGGCCAUGGGUGGCAGGCGGUGAUCCCCUCCCCUGCCCUCCGCGCCGGCACGCAGCGGGGGCCGCCCUGCGCGAGCGGCAUGGAGGAGGAGAGCAUGGAGGAGGAGGGCGGCGGCGGCGGUUGUGAGGCCAUGAUGGACGACCAGAACCACAACAACUGGGGGGCCGGCGGCUACGGGCGGCACCUGCUGGGCCCCGCCGCGGCGCCGCUCGGCGACCGCCUCCUGUGCGGUGCCGCCGGCGGGCUGGGCCCCGCCGGGCCGCCGGCUGCGCCGCAGCUCCCCAUGGCGCCCGAGGCCAACGGCGUGCUGAGAAGCUGCGACCCCGCGGGUACUGCGGGGAAGGGGGGCGCCGGAGCCAUCGCCGCCGCCAUCAACAUCAACGCCUCGACCUCCAAGUUCCUAAUGAAUGUUAUAACAAUUGAAGACUAUAAGAGCACAUAUUGGCCAAAGCUGGACAGUGCCAUAGAUCAGCUUUUAACUCAGAGUCCUGGUGACUACAUCCCUAUCUCCUAUGAACAAAUAUACAGUUGUGUGUAUAAGUGUGUAUGCCAGCAGCAUUCGGAACAGAUGUAUAGUGACCUAAUAAAAAAGAUAACUAACCACUUAGAGAGAGUCUCAAAGGAGCUGCAGGCCAGCCCUCCAGAUCUCUAUAUUGAAAGAUUUAACGUAGCUCUUGGACAGUAUAUGGGAGCAUUGCAGAGCAUUGUGCCUCUUUUCAUAUAUAUGAAUAAAUUUUACAUAGAAACCAAGCUUAACAGAGACUUAAAAGAUGACCUUAUAAAGCUGUUUACGGACCAUGUUGCAGAAAAGCACAUUUACAACCUAAUGCCUUUACUUUUGGAAGCUCAGUCAACACCGUUUCAAAUAACUCCUUCAACCAUGGCAAAUAUUGUGAAAGGCCUGUAUACACUAAGACCAGAAUGGGUACAGUUGGCACCAGCUUUAUUUUCAAAAUUCAUCCCAAACAUUCUACCCCCUGCUGUGGAAUCUGAGCUUCAGGAAUAUGCUGCUCAAGACCAGAAACUUCAAAGAGACCUUAUGCAGAAUGGAUUUACUAGGGGUGAUCAGUCACGCAAGAGAGCUGGAGAAGAGUUAACUUACAAUGGCUCAUCAGCUUGUGCAAGCUCCAGGGGGUACAGAUAGUGAAUAUACUGGAUCAGCUUCUAUUCCUAGCCAGAACAGACACUGGAGGAGCACAGGUGGUAUCCGGAGCCUCCUUUGGCAACUGCUGAUACUCGAGCUCUGACACGAACUAUGCCUCGAAGAAGAGUUUUGGACUUUCUUCUUUAUAUAAUAAAAUGUCAGUUGCUGCUACAAUUGGGAUGACUUUGAAAGACGUGAUUCCUUGGUCUAGUCUCUCAAUAAGUUCUUGUUCUGCGAUUUUGUGAGGAACGCACCUUGAAAAACAAUCCUUUCAAAGUGGAAAUGGGCAGCCGAAAUCAGCAGCUUCCAAAAGUGUUAGAAUGGAAGAAUCUUUUUUGCACUCUUUUCUUAAUAUUAAGGAUGUUCUUAAAACUAGUUAACACAUCAGUGUAUUAGUUUUUAAACUUCAAGGUAUUUUCUGGAGCUUACUUAAUAAGAAAGUUUCAUUAUUUUGCAGUAUUUGUUCAUUAGUACCAAAAUGAUGUCACCUUUUAAGAGUUGGUCCCACAUAAAAGUAUCUUCCGUCAGGGAGUUUUAAAUUACAGAUUUUCUCUUACUUGUUUUUUUUUUUUUUUUUGUAACUUCCUCUGUUUUAAAAUCUGUUUUCCUAUAUGUUUGUACUCUGUGCCUUCAGCUUGUGCACUUUGCAACUUUAUAGACCAUAUUUUGUUACUGCAAAAUAUGUUCCCGAGGGAAACCUUCUGAAAUGAACAAACAUGCUGCAAAGUUGCACUUUUCUCUUACAUCAAUAGAUGAAUUUAGGAAGGAAAGAUGAAAAGUUGAAUUUACCACUGUUGCUAACAGUGACUUGGUAGUUUGUCCCUUUUUGUUUUUCAUAUAUAUUGGUUUUUAAUGCUGGGACCAACUCUUGUAGAAUCCCUCUCAUUAACUUUUCAUUGGCUUCCAUAAUUGCAAUAGAUUGAGAUGGGAAUUCCAGACUGAAUGAAAUGCGAAGAUAUGUUUUAUACCAUGUUGUAUAGAAACAACUGUCAUGGCUAAAUUUUUUUAGGAUGGAUUGUGGGGAAAAUUCUCCAGUCUCCUAGGUCUACAAAGUGCAUCUCCAUCAGCACAAAGCAGACUUGCACCUGGUUGUCAGAGGAUGAUGGUACCUGUCUGAGAUCACUUUGUGGCUCCUGUGCCAUUUCUCUUGUUUAAAGGAUGUGAUGGGGGUGUGACAGUAGAUGCAGUCAGUGUAUCGCUGCAUUGAAUUGCCGGAGACGCACAACAGAAACAGCAAUUUACAAAUGUGGCGUAAUGCAUCCAUAUGUACCCAUCACUCUCCCUGCUUCCAGUCUUGUAUGAACUCAGCUGGGAUCCAGCUGAGGAGACCUGAGAUCCGGUAGAUCUGGACCUAUGAUCUGAAUAUUAAUGAUUAUAACAUAGGUUUUAAUCAGUAGUAUGGCUGAUGCAAUUCAUUUAUGAGGAGAGAAACAUACUUGAAAGAGCAGCUUGACUACAGAUUUUUUUAUUAACUGGUGACUGUGGGUUUACUUUUAUCAGCUUUAUUUACGAAGAGAAAUGAGUUGGUUAUGUAAGACCUUUCUGAAGUGAAACAGAAGCUUGUUCAGUUUUGUCUCACACAACUCUUAUGGCUGUAUUAAAAAACAAAAAACACAAAAAAAACCCUUUAUGCUUGCAUGAGUUCAUUACAAAAUGCAGGAAAAAGACAAAUAGAUGCGGCAGGGACAAAAUUUCUUUUUCUUUCUACUCUGUAGCCUGACUUCAUGUAAAUGAAUCUAAUUCUGUCAGUUUCACAUCAACCACUGAGGCAAUGCUUUCAGUUUGGAGGGUGGGAGGAAAAAAGAGGGACGAGAAUGAAAAGGAUACUGUCAUGAUUGACAGAUUCCAGUCUGGCUUACCUAUAUAUUUCUUUGCAUAUUUGCAAAGCCUAUUUAAUUUUGGGGAAGCUUUUCUCUUUUUAUAUUAAAAAUGAAUGCUUUAGUGGUUUUUUGUUGGUUUUUUUGUAGAACAAUGUCAGCAAUCUAAUCUUAUACCUAAUAGUGGAAAACAAAACCACUCUUAGUAGGAGUUUUCAAAUGUUCUUAGUGUUUGCUCCAACUUUGUUACCAAGCUACUUCAGUAGAAGCAGAAUUAGGCUAAAACUGAGGGGCUUUGAAAAUCCAGCUCAACACAAUGGAAAAGUUAAUGAAUGCUAAUAGGGAACAAAUACUGAUUUGGCAUCUUCCAGUUUUUUAAAUAAUUUUUUGGUUUUAAACAAAAAUGAAACCUCUGACAGUGUCCUUAGCUUUAUAAAUUAAUCUGUGUGCUGAGAUGACAAUAUUCUUGAGUUAAGAAUAGAUGUAGUAACCUAAUUUGGUUAAAGUUUGUUUACAACUUCAUUACAAUUCUAGUUCACAUAAUACAGUAUAGAAUCUCUGUCAGCUUUAUCAAGUUAUCACAAUUCUUUCUAUUUUUAAAAUGGUUUUACUGGUCUGAGUUUGUAAAUAAUGUGUAGGACUUUUGCCACAUGUUUGAGGCAAGGGUUUUAACAUUCACUUUACACUGCAUUAUAUUUGGACACAAACUUCGAGAACAAUAAUUUCAUCAAAAGGUAAAGCAUUCCUGUUAGUGUGGUUCGCUUACCCACUAUGAAUAGUGCUUGAAUGCUUUUCAGUCCUAUGUAGCAUUUUCACUUGGCCAUGAAACAUGAGACAACUGUUUGUAAAGCACUGUAUUAUGUUGUAAAUUUGGCAUUAAAAAUUCUGUAUGUUUUGGCAUUAUUAACAUAAUGCUGAAAUAUUGUUUAUCUGUCUAAGACUUUAUCAUUGUGACUGAGCAUGAAACAGAAUACAGCAUAAUAUACUAAAUUAUUUUCUCUGUAAACUUGCAUUUUGCUUACAGUAAAACUAACAGGCAAUUUGAAUAUUAGUACUGUAGAGCCACGACUACAAACAGCAUGGUCCUAACUACGUUAUUUAAUUUACCCCAAUAACCUGUGGUAAAUUUGUUGCAUCUGUAGCUUACUCUGUUAAGAUUAAGCAGUAAACUUGGUUAUACAAUGAGUGUCCUCUUUAUGUUGCAUUGAUUCUAUAGCCAAACUUGCUACAUUAAAAUAUUUUUAGAUGAAUUUCA